ACAUGUCUACCAAGUUUGGGAAGAUUGGUCUCUUUGGUUUACAAGAGAGGAUUUCUCCCCUCCACCAGCAUUCAAAAGGGUGGUUCUGAGCAAGGUGUGAAAUCAUUGAACCUCUGUUCUGCAAUUAAUCAGGCUCUGCACAUUGCCUUGGACUCUGAUCCACGCUCUUAUGUGUUUGGAGAGGAUGUAAGCUUUGGUGGUGUCUUCCGUUGCACAACAGGAUUAGCAGACCAAUUUGGUAAAAAGAGGGUUUUCAAUACCCCUCUCUGUGAGCAGGGUAUUGUUGGCUUUGGUAUUGGUCUUGCAGCUAUGGGAAAUAGAGCCAUAGCAGAAAUCCAGUUUGCAGAUUACAUUUUCCCUGCUUUUGACCAGAUUGUCAAUGACAUGCUCAAAUUCAGAUACCGAAGUGGGAACCAAUUUAAUUGCGGUGGUUUAACAAUUAGAACCCCUUAUGGAGCUGUGGGCCAUGGUGGGCAUUACCACUCUCAGUCCCCUGAGGCUUUCUUCUGUCAUGUUCCUGGUAUCAAAGUAUGCUGGUUUCAUAUGGACUUCAGUGUGUUUGUCAGAACCUUAAUUUCCUUCACUUCUAUUUCUUUCCAUGUUGUUCAAAUAAAAAGACCACUUACAAUAUAGUGUGUGAUUGUUCAAUAUAUUUUAUAAAUAUUCAAAUUCUAAACUUAAGGUAGUAUGGCAAGGCAAGAGUUUAAAUCCAUGGCAAUCAUAAAUUGCUCACUU